ACGGAGGCACGGUCAUGCUGCUCUCCGCGGAAAGUAACUGUGUUAAGAUGUCAACUGCUGGUCGCCAAAACGUCGUGAAUAUAGCAAACGGACCGGACUCCGACUCGCAAAGGUCUCGGCCGUUACGUCGAGAGCUCUCGGCAGAGUACUCACGUAAUGAUCUGGAUAUGAAUAAAGACUCGAAAAUCAUGGAUGUUUUCUUCUUAGAACAUAAACACCUGAGAGGAACAAAAAGUGAUAAGGAGACCUCGGCAGCUUCUGAAGACACUGUCCCCACAGUGUUGGCUUUACAGCUGGCUAUGGUGGAAGGACCGGACCGACUUCCUGCUGACAAGGGCACACAGGAAGUACUCUCUGGGAAGCUGCGUGUACUGGAAACUGACCUCAUGAAGGUCACAACCCUGAUUGCUGAAUUCUCUGCCCACCUCGUAUACAUCAGUAGUGAGGAAAGGACAAUUUUUAUCAUUUUUAAAACAUUUGAAGAAAUAUGGAAGUUCACCACCUACUACAAAAUGGGUUUUCUGGGUCAGUGCUUGGAGAACCUUCUUUUGGACCAGGAGUUCUGGCUGAACACUUUAGACCAGAAGGACUCAGGGAUUGAGGUCUCCAUUAAAGAGGAGAUGCUUAACCUAAUGUACAAACGCUUUUUAAUGCAAGAAGGCUCAUUUUUUGGGAGUUGUACAAUGAAUCAGAUGUUUGAUAGUUCCACAUCAGGCAGUGACCUUUAUCUGGAGAAGGGGGAAAUUGUGUUGUUUGAGCCCCCAUUCCUAGGGUCAGGAUGGACUGUGCUGUCCUUGACAGAUGGAUCCAGGGGAACUAAAACCAGGCCGGCACUGGAACCAGUUAUUCCCUUUCAUCAGUGGUUUCUUAAGUCCUGUCCUGAGAAUGUUUUGGUUGGCAGUCAAAAGACGUGCUGUGAUCUUCCAUUCCAACUUGCUGUAGGUGUCUGUGAGGCAACAGAAGUGUAUGAUGGGAAUAGGUAUGAUGAGCUGAGUUUCGAGGCUGGUGAUCGCAUCAUCAUCCUUGGCCUACUGGUGACCUGCUUUGAGUGGUUCAUGGGAAGGCUGGAGCGAACUGGUAAUACAGGACUUGUCAAGACAAGCCUGGUCAAAGCAACCAGUUCUCUUUGUGAAUCAGAUGAAAUCUUUCUGAAAGAAGAAGACAGAAAGAUCUUUACCUUGGAACAAGAGAAGAUUAAAGAGGAAACAAUUGUCCUGCUGAAGAAAACAUUCCAAAGUGAUGUGGCUACAGUCUACAAACUUGAUUUGGCAAAGUCAAGAUCACUUCAACAUAGUCCCACUACUGCCAGUGCUGAUUACAUUGAAGUAUAUGUGGAUUUGAAAAGAAAAAUCAACAGUAUUUUGAGUGAAAUGAAUGAGCUACAUAGAAAAGAGAUUCCAUUGGAUAGGACCGAGCUCCAAACAGAUGAACCCAAUGAGACACCCCAAAGAAUCCCACAUUUUCCAGUGUGCUCAGAGAUGGAUUGUACCAGCCCAGAUGGACAGCAUUCCUUGCUCUCAUUCCUAGGCAGCCGUGACCACCAACCAGAGUUCCACCUCCUGUACAGCGCAUAUCCAGAAUUCCUCCUUUCACACUUCCAUGGCUAUUCAGACGAGGAGGAGCUUGUGGCAUAUUUAGGUGUUGCACGGGAGAAUGCAAAAAAGAAGCAUAUGUCAUGGGCCCAGAGCAGAAUCUGUUUUCUCCUGGGGCAGCUGUGUGCAAGCAGGUCGAAGUUCUCCCAGGCGCGGGUCUACUAUGAGGAGGCCUUAAGUGUGCCCAGAGACUAUUUCACAGACCUGCACCUCCUCUCUGCCAUCUACUCUAACCUGGCUCUGAUCUAUCUCACACAGAAAAAUGCAGAGAAGUAUUUUUCUAUGUCUGAACGCUUUGCAGCCUUACUGAUGGCCAUCUAUAACUGUUUGUCUGGGUCUGAAGACCCUGAGGUGCUGAAGUAUGCUUUGAAAAAAGCCAUUCUGUCCCACAACAAGCCUACAGAGGCCCGAAUCUGCCUCCUUCUAGCAAAGUUACAUCUGAUGCUUGGAGACGGCAUCAGUGCUGUGCCUUUCGUCGAACGGCUGCAGAGUCUGGCUGAUGAGAUGCCUGGAGCCUGCAACAAGAUGCGGAGUCAUGGUUUCUUAUUGCUCUCAAGGCUUUACAGUGACCAUCAUCUUCCUCACCUAGCUGAGAGUUCUGCAUGGCAAGCGUGUCUUCAGGUGUCUUCCUCAGUCAAUGACUGCUUCUGCAGUAUCUCUUUGCUGCUGGAGAACGCGCGUGAGUUGCAUGGUGUUGACAUCCCGACCCAGGUAGCUCCAUAUUUGAGCCGAGCUGCCAUGUUAGCGUCUGCUGGCAUGGAGCCCAGCCUGGCGCAUGCUCAUGCCCUCUGCUUGUCCUGGCUGUUCCAUCAGCACGGCAUGCCUGACAGGGCUGUCCGCUACAUGCGUGGCCUCCUUGACCACGCGUGCCUUUCCUGCCUCAGCCAGCCGGAUGCCACGGCCGCACUCAUGUGGCUGGCUUGGCUGUACAUUUGCGACCAGCAGCACCAUGCCGCGUUGGAUGUGCUGGACGCCGUCCUGUCCACCUUGCCCGAGUACCGCACCACGCAACUGGAGGGUGUCAUCUACAACAUGCGUGCCAUCGCCCAGAGGCGUGCCGGCGAUGUGAAGCAGGCAGCCGAGAGCUUCCGGGCAGCGGCCGAGGUCUGCCAGGAGUUUGAGGACACGCGCAACUGGGCCAUAGCACUGGCCAAUUUUGGCUUCUUAUGUCUGCGAGUGAAGGCGAAGAGGACUGCUGAGGAAUACCUCAGCCAGGCCGUGCAGCUGUUCUCAGGGCUGGAGGACAGAGGCCCGGAGCUCUGCUUUGUUGCUGUGCUCUUGGAACUGGGCAAGUUCUACAUCUCCCAGGGUUCCUGUGAGAGGGGGAAGAUCUGCUUCGAGUGGGCCCUGUUGAUUGCCAUGCUCCAUGAUAACUCCGAUAGCCAGCUGCAAGCCUCUCGUCACCUGUGUCACCUGUAUAAUGAAGUUUGCCCCGAUGAGGUGCAGUGUAUCAUCUAUAACGAGCACCAGCUUAAGCUGCUGCGUCGAACAGGUGACAGGACGCUCGAGGGUGAGAUACUGGAGAAGAUCAGCCAGCUGUACUUGUGCCUGAGCACAGAGACAGCAAAUAGAUCUGCAUUGGAAUGUACCAAAAGAAGUCUGGGAAUCUUCAUCGAUCUGGGGAGGAAGAGGAAGGAAGCCCAUGGCUGGCUCCAGGCAGGAAAGAUUUACCACAUCCUCAAACAGACAGAGCUGGUAGAUCUCUAUGUGCAGGUGGCACAGGACAUUGCCUUGAGCACAGGAGACACACUCUUCAUUCUGGAGCUGCUGGAGGCAUCGGGGGACGUGUUCUUCAACAGUACCCAGGACCGGGAGAAAGCCAUCUGCUUCUACAAGGACCGAGCCCUCCCUAUUGCAGUGAAAACAAGCAGUGUGCAUUCCCAGCUCAGGCUGUGCAAUAAGAUAGCGGAGUUGCUGCUACAGCUGGGACACUAUGGGGAGGCUCUGGAGUAUUCACAGACUGCAUUAAACAUCAGCAUCAAUCUGGCCGACCGUUUAAAUGAGCGAGUAGCCUUCCAUCGGCUGGCUACGCUCUACCACUGCCUGAGUCAGUUUGAGAUGGCUGAACACCACUUCCUGAAGGCCCUCUCCUUGUGUCCCUCACCUCUGCAGUUUGACGAGGAAGCCCUCUACUAUGUCAGGGUGUACCUAACCCUAGGAGACAUUAUUUUCUAUGACCUGAAGGACCCGUUUGAUGCCGCAGGCUACUACCACCUAGCUCUGGCGGCUGCCAUGGACCUGGGCAAUAAGAAGUCUCAGCUCGAGCUGUGCACUCGCCUGGCCACCAUCUACCACAACUUCCUCAUGGACCGCGAUCUCUCCCUACACUUCUACCAGCGGGCACGCGCCUUCGCCGCUGAUCUCAACAUCCGCCGCAUCAACCUGGCACCAGACCAGAGCUUCCGUACCACCUCUCAGUACAAGCUCGCAGCCUUGCCGGCGCCGAGAUGGAGGCCUCAGCCAUAGCUACGUCUGGCACCGUGUCCUCAGGGGCUUCUUCAAUUCGAUGCAUAUGUUUACUCUCCUCUGACUAGAUGCUUUGUGUACUGUGUGAAUUCCUCCCGUUUGUAUUGAUGUAGCUCACAGGAGUGGCAACCCAGGAGACUGGAAGCCUGGUUGACUUAACAGGUCAUUUUUGCACAGGGAUUAGCAACAGUCAUUGUGCUGGUGAGGACAACAAUAAACCUCAAACUGCUGCAGUAGUCAGGAGUUAAAGAUCAGUGCCAAAAUGUGAAUGUAUGUAACAGCUGACUGAUAUUUCUAAAAGUCUAAAUUGGAAUCAAUUUUUAAAAAGAUUUAAUCAAUGUACAUAGGACCGCUAUCCAUGUUUGAUUUAUGAACAAGACCAUGGGCCAAGCACUAUAUUUGGCCUUAGCAGAGUUCUAUUUUUCAUUUAUUUAAUUUAUAGACAACUGAAGUGAGGAUUUAUGGGGCAACAGUCACAGUUCUUUCAGUAAUGUGUGGAGCCGUUUCUGUUGUCUUGAAUAAUUGUCUUGUAUAUUUUAAACCCAGACUGCAAGCUCAAUUUUGCCUUGGAAUGAAGUGGAAACAUUUUAGAACAAGGAAGCACUGUUUUCACAAA